AUGGGUAUUGCUGAUGUUGAUGCUGGUUCAUUCUUUCUCACUGCGUGUUACAAUUCCACACCUGGUUUUAUGUCUGUAACAGUGAUACGCUUCAGGAAAGGUAGUAUUAUUGUGGAUUAUGACGUCCGAAUUAGGAACCCACAAUCGGUCGAAGCUGCUGUGAAUCACAUAAAUCAAAAUAUAUCUGCCAUAAUAAAGCAGGCUGAUGAAGAGAUAAAAGAGUUUGAAAUAAACAGAGAUCAAACAAAUAAUCUGAUGACGGCAAAUAUUUCGAUGAUUGGUGAAACGGGUGAACAGGCAAUUUGCCAAUCUUUCUCCGACGUUUGUCGAUUUGGAUACAAUUGUACAUUUAAUACUGUCGGUGACAGGGUUGAAGCUAGUUGCCAAAGCAAAUGUUCACAACAAAGUUCAUUUUGCGGGAUACAUGGACAAUGUUAUAUUGAUCACAGAAGUGAAGCACUCAAAUGUAGAUGUGAUGAAGAGGAGAAUUAUGUAUACAUUGGUGAACGCUGUGGUAAUAGAAUGGAAUUAGUUAAACUAAAAAAGAAGUAUAUAAUUCUGAUUGCUAGUGGCAGCGGUGGAUUAUUUAUAAUUGCAUUGAUCGUGGUCAUAAUAUGUCUUUUAAAAAGGAGGAAGUCGCACGACCAGGAAAGGAAGCAGAAAGAAGAUGAAACACUAACUAUCCACAGAGAUGUUGAAGAAUAUCCGCAGCUGGACAGAUACAAUGAAUCACAUUCAUCCCGCGAAUUCUCAGAUCAACGAGGAACAAAAUGGACAGAAAAUCAGUAUCAAAGAUCCCUUCUAGAUACAAGAUAUUUUGACGGUCGUGAACAUAAAGUUUUGAGAAAUGACAGCGGGAAAGAGUCACACCCUAACCCAGGCUACAGUCUGCCACCAUCCAACAAGUCGGUAUAUGAUUAUAUAGAUACUAGCUCGAGAUUUGAAAUAAAGAGGCCGAAUGUCCACAUAGGUCGCAAGUUUUAAACUAACCAGAAGCUUAAGUGUUAAGAAACGCUGUAUAGUAUUCAGUAACGGAUACAGGAUUUUUGUUUUCUACUGGUGUUAUGACACUGAAAAAGAUUUUGUUUUAUUUCUAUACACUCGAGGACAUUAAACACUUCCAAUCUAUACAUUGUAUUGAAAAUUUGAUUAAAAGAUAUUUUCCUAAAGCAUAUAUUUAUGAAAUAUGCAUAAUAGAUAAAGGUAUUGAAGUGGGUUAUUUUCUGUACUAAACGAAGCAUGAAUGCGAAGCUCAUAUUUCGAAUCGAUUAGUUUUAUUUUCAUAAAUUGAAAUUUGGUUGUCUUCAUACAUAAUAAGUCAAUAAUCAAAAAUGGUU